UCCUCAGUUUGCUCGCGUCCGAGCUUGCGUGAAGUCGUCUCGCGCGUUUUCGCCGCACGUUGCGCCUUCAAGAAGCAUCCCUCUUACCUUCAACCCUCUAUCUCUCCUGCCAGUCACCGUAUCAUCCACAUCCUUUUUUCGCGUCGUGUAAGUUAGGUCGGUGUUCCUAGCGGAAAAACAUUUCUGAGAGAGUGCUCAUGCGGGACAGUGAGUGAUAAGUGAGCGAGAGGUGAUUUCCGGGGUUGGAUCUAUUUUUGAGGUGAAUCUCUUGAGAAUUUUCGUGGAUGGAUGAUCAUGACGACGAGAUAUUGGAUGCUAUUAAUGUCGUGUUUGCUGAUAAUCGGCUGCAUUCCAGAGUCACAGCAGCUCGUUAUAAAGAGUGUCCAAGUGCCAGCCAUGGUCAAAGUCGGUGAGGUUGAUUAUGUGAUCCUCGACUGCGAUUACGAGUUACAGAACACGUCGGCGCACGGGCUGGUGGUCAAGUGGUUCUUCGAGAGCGACAAGUUGGUGUAUCAGUGGAUUCACGGACUAGAUCCUUUGGCCGCCGAGCCGGCUGAAAAGUACGUCGAUCUUACUUACAGAGCCAGCGACGAUCCUUACACUGAAUAUCGAGCGAUGAAACUGAACAAGCCAGGAAUUGAUCUCACCGGUGAAUACACAUGCGUGAUAUCAACUUUCGAAGACGAGAAGACGGAAAAUGCCACCAUGGUGAUUUAUGCAACGGGGGAAAUUUUCAACUUUAACUAUACGAGGAAGACUAUAAAGGACGACAAAGACGGCCUGGAAGCGACGUGCAUGGCCAAGGGACUUUAUCCGCUGCCGACUCUCGAUAUCUCGGUCGUAGAUGUUCCAGAUAAGCAAGCAACGAAGCCCAUAGUGACACAGCGGGAAGAUGGACUCUACGAUAUCCUGUCGCGGAUAGAAUUAUUGGACGAGGAGUUACCGGAAGCAACUGCGACCCUCGAGUGCAUCCUUGGCAUCCCCAGAGCAAACUACAGAGUGUCCCGAAUGACCGACUACAACUCGGGAACGGCUACAACCACUUCCGCUACAGCGAUUUCGCAGCAUGAAAUGGAUGUUCAGGCCUUAGACAACUCGAAUCACGGUGGCGGUAACUUCAUUGAUCACACGUCCGUCGAUUUUCUCCUGUUGCUGAUACAUCUGUUUCUUUUCAUCCUAUCUCAUUAAUAAUUAAUAUACGUUUGAUAGGUAAGAUUGGACGGCUGAUUGUGCUCGAUCAUUGGUGUCUCAACUUGGUUUUCAAGAAAAGCCAACUUUAAUUCGUGAAUAGCUUGUUCUUGCUCGAUCGUGUUUUUUUUUUUCAAAAACAAUUACAGCUCUUCUGUUACAGAGUUCUUUGUAAUUCUAAAAAAUCUCGAAAUACAAUUAAAAUCACA